AUGUCGAUGUCUGCUUCUAUGGACACGCCCAUGGGGAAUGCUCCAAAUUCUGGGUCAGGGUUGGGGCUCGGGGGUGCUGCCGGAGGGGUUCAACAGCCUAAGGUGCAGACGGCAUUCAUUCACAAGCUCUACAACAUGCUCGAGGAUGCAAAUAUCCAACAUUUAAUAUCUUGGUCACCAUCUAACGAGAGCUUUGUGGUAUCGCCCACUGGGGAAUUUUCGAAAGUCUUGAGUCAAUACUUUAAACAUACAAAUAUAUCAUCAUUUGUUAGGCAGCUAAACAUGUACGGAUUUCACAAAGUCAAUGAUGUAUUUCACACUGGCUCGCCAGAUGCUACUUUGUGGGAGUUCAAGCAUGGGAAUGGUAGCUUCAAAAGAGGGGACCUUGUUGGCCUCAGGGAUAUAAAAAGGCGUGCGUCACGACACGCACUUAUUCACCGGGAUUCAUUCUCUGGGCCCAAAAGUACUGUUGCAUCUGCUCCAGGGACUCCGGAUGAGCGGCCCGGAGACUCAAUUGAUGGCCGAUUUAUAUCCAUUGAGCAGUCUUUGUAUGAAAUCAAUUCCCGACUUGCCCGCUCCGAGGAUCACAAUGCUAUGUUAGGCAUUCGCCUUCAAACUGCUAUUGAAGGAUUGACCAGAUGUCAUCAGGUGAGCCCCGAACCCUUGCGCUUUAUUUCUAUCCCUUUUACGAGACUAACGGGCCGUGAAGUCAAUUCGAUGCAGAAAGAAAUAGAGCGCCACACCCAACUAUUAGAAGAGCCACAAGAGAUGUUGCUCCGUGAGCGCCAGCCUUUCCUAUCAUCUUUGACUAUCGAUAAUUCGGCCCCAUUAUCGCCCCGGCAGCGCCCUAUGGAGGAUGAAUCUCGACGCUCUUCUAUCACCGGACCUUUACGUCCAACUGGUUAUUUUAGGGCACCCGCACCACCGAUAUCGAAUGCCCCUCGGCGUUUUGGAUCCGUGGGGCUAGCUGGAGGUUCUUCGCCGAAUGCUCUGCGUCCCCAGCAGCCGUCCCAACAACCACCUGCACAGCAUCCGUUGGGGUCUUUCCACUCGCCCCCCAGUCACCUUUCUCGUCGGCAUACAUCUGCGGAUAUCCGGCUGCACGGAUGGCAGGCAAACUCGCCAUUUAGCGGCAUGUCUGGCUCCAACCAAUGGCCUCCGUCACCGAAUCGCAGCUCCAAUCUCCAGCAUGAUAACACUAGAGAAAUUCUGGCAAACUACGAAAUACAGCAACAUAGGCCCCCGAACAACCCGGUGUUUACUUCCCAAACCACCCCGCCUCUCAGUGAAACGACCUCCAAUAAUGGUAUCUCAGAUUCAGGCUGGAGCUUCGGGGGAGGUGGGCCGAAAUUUCCACCACAACGGGAAGCAGGGCAUACUGCUCCGCCGACCCGACGCUCUAGUCUCGCUUCUAGCAGUGUGCAUGCCCUAUUAAACCCGCUGGAUUCAAACUUGUCGGCGGAAACCAAUAGGGAUGGGAUGUCGGAUUGCGAACCGGAUGACCGAAAACGGAAGCGGCUUCAAUAA